CCCCUCCCCUUUCCCAGCCUCAAGCCUGGCCUGGCUGGGGAGAGAUGAGAGGCCUCAGGGUGACCCCAGCGGCCUGACUCCUCUCGGGACUCCUGGAGCCUGCAGUGCCUUUGACGGAGCUCCCGUUCACGUGUUUGUUUCACUGGCUGAAGCAGUGGAGGGGUUUACGGGGCUUCCCUGGUUCCUCCCGUCUGCCCCCGAGAGGCAUCGGUGAUUUUCUUCACGUGCCAGCUCCCUGCUGUGUCGCUGCCGCCCCCCUUUGGGACAGCCCAGAGACCUGGGGGCGCCUGUGUGGGCCCGGCAGGUGCUCUCCGCCCCCACGGAAGCCCAGGGAGGAUGGGGCCUCCCCUGAGCGACACAUGUCAGAGUCGAAUCCUAGGCUGACCCCCGAGCCCUCCCGCCUGCCCCAGGACCCUUCCUCCCGUGGCUCAGAGGAGUCACGCGUGUUGCCCAAGGACCCCCCAGGUCCCUUCCUCAGGCCCCCGACAGGUGCCCACGGUUGACCUCCUCUCUGAGGGCAGGGGCCCUGGGCCUGGCUGUCAGGUCUUAGUGGCCCCUCAGCCAGGCAGGGAGGGCUUUCUUGCCCCUGACACGUCUCGGCCAGCGUGGCCGUGGCCCAUGUCAGCCCCUGAGGCCCCAGACGGAGUUCUCUCUGGGGCUCGGGCUCGCUGGAGCCCAGCUUAUCCUGAGGGGGCCACCCCUCAGUUGGACUCCUCUCUUCCAGGGCUGGACCUGCUGCCCCUCUGCGUGACAUUCCUGCUCUGCUUCUGGGAGGUCCAGUACGGCAUCCUGGCCGGGACCCUGGUGUCCGCUCUCUUCCUCCUGCACUCUGUGGCCAGACCCAAGAUGCAGGUGUCAGAGGGGCCGGUGCUGGUCCUGCAGCCGGCCAGCGGUCUGCACUUCCCGGCCAUCGAGUCCCUCCGGGAGGCGAUACUGAGUCGGACUCUGGAAGCGUCCCCCCCGCGCUGCGCGGUGCUGGACUGUACCCACGUCUGCAGCAUUGACUACACCGUGGUGCUGGGGCUCGGGGACCUCCUGGGAGACUUCCACAGGCACGGCGUCACCCUCGCCUUCGUCGGCCUGCAGGUUCCCGUUCUCCGUGCCCUGCUGUCCGCUGACCUGAAGGGUAUACAGUACUUCUCCACACCGGAAGAGGCAGAGAAAUACUUGAGUCAGGAACCGGGGACCCAGCCCUACAACAUCAGCGAGGAUUCUGUUCCGGAACACAAGGUCGCCCUGUUGAAGGCCUGAUUGGGGCACCGACGGGCACCUGAUGCUCUGGGCGUCUCGAGGAAGGUUCCUGAUGCCGGGAUUCCGGAUGCCACCCGAUAAACACGCUGAGCUGAGGGCUCUGAGCAGGUGACCCUGGAAGGAGGAGGGAAAACCACACACAGGAUCCACAGGUGGGACUCUCACUGCCUUUAUUUGGGGUGACUGAAUAUUUAUCUCCCUUCUGACUCCUGGGCACGCACGUUUUUCUGAGGAGUGGUUUGAAGACAGCCUUCUAGAAUGACGGACCAUGUGAGAAAGAAGGGACGGGAUUUCCACCCGGUCCAGGGGAGGGGUCUCCACGCCCCAGCACCUUCCUGGUUACAGGGGACGUUGGGAGUGGGCAGCUCGGAGGUGGGUUCGAGCCUUGGUGGCGGCAUCCGUAUCGGUCGUCGGGGAGAAAGCCAAGGUGUGCCAAAUGAUUUCAAAGUGUCUUGCUAAAAAUAAUUUUGUUGUUGUUGUUUUUUUAAAUUAAAAAUGUAGCAGCUUUGGUGUUUUUGUAAAAAUCGGAAACGCUUCUUGUAAAAGCUGCAGGAGACCGUCUCCUGCGUCCACUUUGGCGGUAGUCCAGACCCCAUCCCCGCGGCGUGCGUACGGGUCCGUACGUCAGCAUGUGGGUGCGUGCGUUUACGGUCGUGCGCGGACGGGGUCCUUUCAUACGUGGUGCUCUGUGACCCGUACCUUUGUGCAGUCCUUGCUGUGAAUGACGCGUUGUGAUAAUAAACAGAACCGUGAUUUGCCGUG